AUAUUCCAACCUUUUUUCUCAACUAUACAAUAUUCCCACUGUUCUUUCAAUGUAUUUUGUUUCUUUUAAAUCAAAUCUUACAAGCACAUAAGUUUAUUAGUAGUCGUAUGUCAUUUUUUCUUUUAUGAAUUUAGUCUCAUGUUACAUUAUUGCUCGUACGAUGACAACCAUUUCCACAUACGUUCCACAUUUCCUCAAAUCAUUUACGAUUGUUUUUCUUUCAGCGUGUUCCUAAUACUCCUUAGUCCUCAUUUGUGAUGUCGCAAUGGAAAGCCCGACACCUCUUGCCAUAUAUAAGCGCGAUAGAGAGUGGAGAGAGGGAGUGUGGACACAUGGUCAUGGUCAUGGUCAUUUGGACCUUCUCUCUCUCUCGCACACGCCUAACCGUUGUCAGCGUGGUCAGCCGGCUCCAUGAAAGCCUUCUAGGGCAGAACGCACAGCGGACUGUUAGAAAUGGAAAGUCAGGGCUCACCAAAAGGAGGAACGGUAAGCGACGACCUUUCUUCCAUACAUUUGCUUCCGUUCUGAUGUUUCUCCAACUUUGCCAAGUAUGGAAAAGGCUCAAGAUGGAUGUAAAAGUCUCUUAUCUGUCUGACACAGAGGUUAGUAGCCAACGUCUUAAUGAUGGGGUCAUUCAUAAAGCUGCCUUAUAGGGUCAUUGCCAGCUCGCCGGCAACACGUUUGGGUCUGGGCCAAAGUCUCACUAAUGUUAAGAGUGGGGGGAAAGCUCAUAGGGAGCUCCACAUGGGAGAGUUGAGGACGAUUUUGGGGCCGGAGGAGGAGUCGGAAGCUGCGGUAACGGAGCGGGUGCCCGCUGCAGGCCACAUGCUACAUCCGUGCGCCAUUGAAAGGACAAAGUCUUCUCCAUUCGACCUGCCCGCUGGCUGCGUUUUUACCCACUCGUGUCGGUCACUCAUGCACAUGCUGGAAUUAGACAGGGCACAACUGUAAAUAUAUACGGCAUAUAUUGGACGAAUAUUUGCUCUUAAAACAGCCACUUUGUGUACUUUAGUGUGAUUCAAGAAGUUCCUCUCCCACAAGGGGUGGUGAUGGGGAAAAACUGGUUUUCAUGCUAGUGUGUCCAGUCCGCAAGCCAUUCACAGGCAGAGAAGCUAUUUUUACGGAGAUGAUCCACACACACACGCACAAACGCACAGAAUGACCAGGAACAUCUGCUUUUGUCUCUUAAACCUUAGUAAGCACCAUGCUCAUUGAAAUACAUAUUUAGAGUACAUUACCAAUAUCUUUCAUGGCGAUGUAAUUUAAUGUAUUCUGUCACUUGGUGUUUUUUCCAUGUUUACAUUUUCUUGCUACUUAAUAUUUCAUUUUAAUGUUUCAUUUUCUUGUUAGUUUAGACAGUAUAUUUUUUUAUAGUUUUGUAUACAGUAUUUUAUUUGCUGUCGUUUUUUCUUGUCAGCUUAAAUGUCGCUUUUGAUAUCCUUCUCACAAUAGUUGGCAGAAAUUUUGGCGCGUUCCUCCUGAGAGAACUGCUGUGACUGAGCCAAGUUCGUAGGCCGCCUUGCUUCCACAUGCAUGUUCAGGUGUGCCCUCGGUGCCCGUGAGCCGCAAUGGGCGACUGGAGCCUCUUGGGGAACGUCCUGGAGGAGGUCCAGGAGCACUCCACCUCGGUGGGCAAGGUGUGGCUCACCGUGCUCUUCAUCUUCCGCAUCCUGGUGCUGGGCACGGCGGCCGAGUCGUCGUGGGGCGACGAGCAGAGCGACUUCCUCUGCGACACGCAGCAGCCCGGCUGCACCAAUGUGUGCUACGACCGCGCCUUCCCCAUCGCGCACAUCCGCUAUUGGGUGCUGCAGAUCGUCUUCGUGUCCACGCCGUCCCUCAUCUACAUGGGCCACGCCGUGCAUGCCGUGCGAGGCGAGGAGAAGCGCAAGCGGCGGGAGCAGGAGGAGAGGGAGGCCAGAUCGGAGGAGGGCGAGGCCGAGAUGGAGGGCGAGAAGGAGUACCUGCAACGGAGGGAGAGCGGGAAGGAGGCCGGGGCCGACGGGCAGAACCGUCUGCGCCUCAAGGGUCCGCUCCUCCACACCUACGUCCUUAGCAUCCUCAUCCGCACCGCAAUGGAGGUGAUCUUCAUCGCCGUGCAGUACAUGAUCUACGGGGUGUUCCUCAAGGCGCUGUACCUGUGCACGGCGUCGCCCUGCCCGAACCCGGUCAACUGCUACAUGUCGCGGCCCACCGAGAAGAACAUCUUCAUCGUGUUCAUGCUGGGGGUGGCCGCAGUGUCCCUGGCGCUGUCCGUGCUCGAGCUCUACUACCUGGGCUGGAAGAGCCUGAGGGCGUGCGUCCGGCGGAAGGCCGCGCGGCGCACCCAGCCCGUCGUCGCGCCGACGCUGCUGGAGCACGACGGCCCAGUCGCCCCGCGGAGCCCGCCUCCCGACUUCAGCCGCUGCGUCGACCCCCUGACCUCCUUGGCGUCCGUUCCCUUCAGCAACAGGAUGGCGCUGCAGCAGAACUCGGCCAACAUGGCGGCCGAGCGUCACCACGGCGGGGACAACCUGGAGGACAACGAGGACUUCCUGCAGAGGUACCGGCCGGCGGCGCCGCCCCAGGGGCUGCCCAACAACUGCCGCAACGCGCCACCUCCGCCCUCGGGCUACGUUGAGAACAAACGACGUCUGAGCAAGAUUAGCGGCAGCAGCGGGCGAGGGAGACAAGACGACCUGACCAUUUAAACGAGGGACCUUCAGGAACCACUUUGAACUGCACCAUAAAUACGCAGGGUAACAGAAGGGACGCCUGACAAUUGCACUUAUUUGUUUUUAAAGCGGGCACCACGACGCACUAGUCGUUAGCAUGUGUGCCGAACAGCUCAGCUCCUGCCUUCCUGCGUGGCGUUGGCAUGUUCUUCCCGUGUUUUCAAGGGUAUUUCAGCAUCCUCCCACAUUCCAAAAACAGUUCCCAGGUGUCCUCAUAACAUGUCAGUGACAUGAUUUCGUCAAAUUAGGUAAAAGAGUUAUAGCACAGUUUAUUAUUGAUUUCUUGUCUUAUGAAUAUUUGCCCAUUUUUUGAAGCGGUCCUCUUUCAUGCAAAUGAGCAACUGUAAUCCCGCCCAUAUCCUGCUGUACCAAUGGCAAGUCCGGUUUUCGUUGCCAUGACGGGGGCAGAUUCUGAGCAUUGCAACUGGAGGGAGUAGUAGAGUAAAGACCAAAGAAAAUAUUUUUCGCUUCUGGAGGUAGCGGUUCAUGUACUGUACUGCGUGUAUGUGGCGUAUCGCCAUAUCACCAAACACAAAUACCAUACCACUAUCGCAUUGACAACUUUACCAAGCACUCAACGAUGUGCCGCAUAUAAGAAGAUAGCACUGUCAGCUAACGCUAAUCUGUGCGUCCAGCAAAACUCAAUACAGCUCUGCUUACCUUUUGGAUUUCAUGUGAUAGCAGGAAUGUUGCGCUGAUCAUGUCAUAGGUGGAGAAACUCUGGUGGGGGGUAGUUAUAAUUAGCCCCACCCAACUGCUGUAUUUGUAUACUGUACAAACAGUCUAUUUCCCAUAAUAUGUCCCCUUUAAAGAUCCUGUAAAGUGAAAUGAUUAUUAUUUUUUUUUACUUAAUACAUUCAUUAUACCUAUUUGAAGAUAAUUAUUGUAGAACUCAGUUGUCGAUUAGUGUUAAACUGCUUGUCAGCAUUUGAGUUUUCCUGAUUUUUGGGGCAUGGCUAAAGUUUUGAGUCCAGGAUGAGUCGCCCCUCCUCAUUAUAUUAGAACUUGAGCACCUUCGUUUGCAUCAGCGGUUAGCUAACAUCUUAACAUGCAGUUAGCUAACAACCUGUGCCCACGCCCGGAAAAUGGCCGAGGAAGAGAAAGAAAGAAGAAAGAUUCUGGACAAAGUAGCAUCUGUUUUUCCACGUUGUAGAAGUGGGGUUUGAUUGACAUUAGAGUGGUUUCAGCACAUUCAGUGGACACGCCCACAGCGUUUGAGAACGGAGACAGCGGGGGAUUUUUCACAAUUUUGAAGCCUCAAUUUUACUUUCACUUUACAGGGACAUUUUGUUAAUAAUUGUGAAGUUUCCAUAAAGGUAAUGUGCCUUAAUGAGAGUCAUGUGAGGUGUUACUUCAAAGCCAUUUAUUGUAUGAAAUUUUCAUGUGAGCAGAGCCCAUUCAGAGGCCCGAUGUGGAUGACUGUCGUGAUUUUAUAUGGCCACUAGGUGGCGACUGCACAUGUUACGUUUCUCCCUGUCUUUUUUUUUUUUUAAUGGUUCGUCUCUAUGCAAUGUUUUAUCCACAAAUUGACUUGAUUUCAUCCAUCAAUAAUUUUACUGUAUUUUGCAGUGUAUGUGGACUGAGUAUUCAUUCAUUAUGUUUUUAGAAGAAACGUUUCCAUGUAACUUCGGUUUUAGUGUGUAACGACAGCAAAAAUCCAUCUCUUCUAUCAAAAUAUACAUAUUUGUUUCAUAUGUAUUUCCUGCAGUUUUUCUCAAUAAAUGAUCACGUC